AUGGAUGCUUGGCUAAUUAAGAAGAAAAAGCCAGCUAAAGAUCAGGCUAACACUGCCAGCAGCCAAAAUACCGUCCCCGAGAGAGGCCAGAGUGAAAUUAGACUAGCUAAUGUUAGCAAAGCUACUUCAAGUGAAAAACGCCAUAAUGAUGAAGAAUGUGAGGAAAGCGGCACCCGUGGAUGCUUUCGACCAGAUGCCGGAGCAGGUACUUCUGAGGAUUUGGGAGAACAGCCUCCAAGUAAGAAAAGAAAAACAAGGCCAUAUAAAGACUACUUCCUGAAAUAUGGUUUUGUUAAUUAUUCCAAAACGAACCAAGAAGCUCGACCCAUGUGUGUUAUAUGCAGCGAAAAACUCGCAAAUGACAGUUUAAAACCAACUAAACUAAAAAGACAUUUGGAAACACAUCACUUCGAGUUGGCAAAAAAACCUCUGGAUUUCUUUCAAAGGAAGGCACAGGCGAUUGAAUCAUCAGCUGAGCUUCUCCGUAGAAAUGUUACAUUAAAUGACAAAGCCCAGUUAGCAUCAUACAUGGUUUCUUACCGUGUGGCCAAAGAGAAGCAGCCCCAUACUGCUGCAGAAAAAUUAAUUCUGCCUGCCGCAAUAGACAUGGUUAGCACGGUUAUUGAUGAAAAAACUGCACAAAAAUUAAAAUGCAUCCCCCUGAGCAACAACACUGUUUCCCGAAGGAUAAAUGAAAUUGCAGACAAUCUUGAGGAGCAGCUCAUAACAAGAUUGAAGGCGGCAGGGGAAUUUUCAAUCCAGCUGGAUGAAAGCACCGAUGUCUCGGACUGCGCAACUUUGUUGGUAUACAUAAGGUACGUCUGGGAAACAGAAUUUGCGGAGGAUUUAUUAUGUUGCUUGAAUAUUCCUACUGGAACGAAAGGUGAACAGAUAUUUUCUGUACUGAACAACUAUGUGGUUACACAGUGCGGGUUGAGCUGGGUCAACUGUAAAGGCAUAACGAGUGACGGGGCUGUAAAUAUGACGGGCAGAAACAGCGGAGUUGUGAAAAGAAUCAAGGAGGCAGCUGGUAAAGACAUCAUGUGGAAUCACUGUUUCAUUCACCGCCAGGCUUUGGCAUGCAAAGGAAUACCCCCCGAGCUUGACAAAACAUUGAAAGAAGUCAUUCGUGUUGUGAGCAGCGCACUCAACAGUCGGCUUUUUGAUCAGCUGUGCGCCGGCAUGGGGGCGGAACACACCCAUUUACUCUUUCAUACAGAAGUGCGGUGGCUCUCCAAAGGUAGAGUCCUCACAAGAAUAUAUGAACUGAGAAAUGAAAUUCAUGCUUUUCUCCUUGAGAAAAAUUCUUCACUUGCAGAGCUGUUCACUGAAGAAUGGCUUAUUACAGUGUCAUAUCUGGCGGAUAUCUUUUCAUCUCUCAACGAGCUCUGUUUGAAACUGCAAGGACAGAAUGAUGAUGUUUUCCAAAACUGGAAACACAUUCUCACCUUUCAAAAGUCUCUGAAGCUGAAGUCAAAACCCAGCCACUACGUGUUCCCUACUAUGUUACAGCACAUAGAGGAAAAUGAUGUCACUGACACACAAGUGAAACACCUGACUGGGCUUAUAGUGACACACCUAGAUGCACUCAUUAAUAACUUUGAGCACUAUUUCCCUAAGGACAGAUAUGACAUUUUGCAUGAUAAAAGGUGGAUCCAAAAUCCUUUUGAUUUUGAAAGUCCAGAGUCACUGAUGGAGCUUGGACUAACUGCUUCUGAAGAAACUGAACUGUUAGAGCUGAGCAGUGACCAGACACUUAAAAGAAGACAUGAAUCCAUGACAUUAUCAUCAUUUUGGGUAAGCAUUUCAUCUGAAUACCCUGUCUUAAGCAAGGCAAGCAUACUGUUGCUUAUUCCUUUUACCACUACAUACAAAUGUGAAGUUGGGUUCUCAGUUCUCACAAAAAUAAAGACAAAAUACAGAAAUAGACUGAAUGCUGCACCUGAUAUGCGUGUUGCAGUCUCCUCAUGUACACCAAACUGGAAUGAAAUUCUAAAAAACAAGCAGGCCCAUCUCUCUCAUUAG